CGUACUCUGGUGCUAUCACUACUCAGCGAAGCACUGUCGUGCUGGAAUCCCCCUGGCUUCCACAGCAUAUGCUGCACCUUACGGGCCGACUCAGACAUCCAUCAUGCUCUAGAAAGUUCUACCUCCGCCAGCUCAUUUAUUUCGAUCUUAGCGACCUAUACAUCAACAACCUUCUGGUACGAGCGGGUGCAAAUGAGCUGAUUCUUCGUCAAUAUCGGCUCCUAGCGUACGCUACUGCCCAUGCACCGCCUGGCCCCAACUUUAUCAGGACCGUCCAACCCUGGUGUUGAAGACUCUUCCAACACCGUGUUGCUCCCGGAGGCUCUCGUGUUGCGAUGGAAUCACGCAUCGCUUCGAGUGAGAUGCCCCUACUGUCUCCGGUCACACAGCCAUGGUUACGGACACGUGGAUGACGAGGAAGGCACAGAUCAGACCCAGCCAGGAUGGAAACUGCGCGGGACCACAAGGCGAAGGCAUGGCGAUUGUCUGUCUGGCGGCGAGUAUAUAUUCACCUUUCCACCUACCUACAGCUCGGAUGAUGUCGACUAUGGCUGGAUGUUCGACCGGGAUAAUUUCGAAUUCGUGGCAAUGACACAGCAAGGUCCCGUGCCCAUCCCGAUCAACGAGCUUCGGGACGGCCGGACUCUGUUACCUCAGCACCAGCAGCGUGAGCAGAUGACUUCUGUCUCUGAUGACUCCGAUAGCACCACUUCUGAGACUGACGAGCUGAUUGCGGCCACGGGCACCCUGAACAUCACAUCUGAUAAAUCCGGAAAGGCUUCAGAGGCACCUUCGACCAAGGAUUCCCAAGCCAUUUUCGACGAGCUGUGUGAAAGCAAAGACUAUCGCCUGGAUUUAUACUUCUCCCACUGCAUUUGGAAAGACAUCGACCAGCUCAGAAUCCUUUUCUCGAAGUACCCGGACGACCGAUUCAUCGAUUGUACCGACGAAGAAGGCAAUACAGGAGUGAUACUUGCCGCAGUUGAAGAAGGCGGACUGGGUACUCUACGCUGGCUGCAGGACCAUGGUGGGGACAUUGACCAGUCGAAUCACUACGGUCGCACUCCGCUCAUGGAGGCCGCCUUGUGGGGUCGACUGGAGACCGUGCAAUACCUGACUUCUCGAGUCGCCAACCUUGUCGCUCGCGAUGGCAGCAGCAUGCGAGCAGUAGACCUCGCAACCGACACAGCACGGAAUAGGAACGAAAGGCUGUAUCGAGCUGGAAAGGUAUAUCGAGAACCCGCCGAUGCUGUCCGCCAGCGCGAGCAGAUUAAAGCAGUCCUAGACCGCCUUACCAGACCUGCUGUCGUAUCAAGCGGUCCGGCAUUGCAACGACGCGCCUUUUUCAGUAGAAACCUCGACGGCACACUUGAGCUGUAUCGACCUCAGGUGCUACUGUCUCCGCCAGGUGGACAAGGCGGGCAGUAUAAAGCGUUCGCCACGCUUGACCGCGGACCAUCGUACCCAUACAUAAAUGCGAUGAGUGGAUACACUCAUGCUGGCUGGCCAAACGUCCUCGACAACACAGUGUGGACUGACGUAGCGGAAAAAUUGCGCGCAAUGCUUCGUCUCCCACCCGACAGACGUGCAGCAUGCCAUGUCGAGCCUCAACUGCUCGGGUUCCUGGUACAUCACCAUUCGAUCCAAUAUCUCGAAGAUACCGGGGCGAACUCAAAGCUCAAAGGGCUCGCAAGUGUAAAGCCCGAUUAUACGCUAAACCCCAUCAUUACCGUCAGUAAGCAAGAUCUGUGUGGCCAGUGCUUGGAGUUCUUCGAGCUUUUCAAGACCCGCUUCAGCAACUGCAACGUAGUGUUUCACUGCGUUGGCGACUCGGCGUCAGCUGUUUUGCAAGAACGAAGAUAGGGCGAGCAAGCGAUAGGUAUGAUCUUAGGGGCGAGUAUGCUGGCCGUGGAGGGACUUCACAUCAGUCCUAACCGCUUUGUAUGGGACAUGGACCGACGACAUUAUUGUUCGGAGAUGGGUAGCCCGGCUCCA